GUUACACUGAGAUUCAUUAAGGUUCCAAUCAUCAUAUUUUAAAAAUUUAAAUAAAUAGAAAAAUAAGAGAAAACAUCAAAAUUUGGAAUAGACAUACUGCAUAAAAAUCUAGUGAUUAGUUCCUGUAAAAAAAGCUAUCAAGAAAAGAGAGGAAAAUGAUUAAAAUAACACAAAAUUUAAUAUUGAAUAAAACUAGCAAUAUUUUAAGGCUUUUUACAAAUAGUUUAAGCACCACAACAACAUGUUUAAAGGCAGACGAUCGGAAAUAUUUGAUAUCCACAACACCGAAAAAGGAUCAAGGCACAGAAGGAGAAAAAACUAUAGAAAUUGACGAGCUGAUUAAAGGAAAAGGAAAUAUUUUUCCGGAUGAAAACACUCCUACUAUGCUGGUUCAAGGUGUACCUUUCAAAGACCUUCCAAUUGUUCAUAUUCGUGUCACAAAAAAUAAUACAGUAAUGUCAUUAACGAAUUCAACAGGAAUCAUUCAAAUGAUACGAUCCUGCGGUAUUGAAGGCUUUAAAAACACCAAGAAAGGAACAAAUAUUGCAGCUCAGGCAACAGCAAUUACAUUUUGUGGCAAGAUAGUUGAAAGAGGAAUCAAACAAGCACGUUUGACUGUUAGAGGAAUUGGUCCUGGUCGAAUGUCUGCAAUUAAGGGCUUACAAAUGGGAGGAUUGAAUAUUGUAUCAAUUACAGAUAUGACACGAGUGUCAUGGAAUCCUCCAAGAUCCAGGAAACAGAGAAGAUUGUAAAGUUUCCUGGUUAGAUUUAAAAAUAUAAAAAUAAAAAUGUAAUUAGUGACAGAAGUACUUAUUCAUAUUUA